AUGGUGGUAGACGUGUAUCUUGGAGGAAGGAAGGACUAUCAUCGGAUGAAUUUCGCUUUUGUGAGAUUCUUCGAUUUAAUCGAUGCCAAAGCUCUGGAAGACUCUCUUCAAGGAAUAAAAUGCAGGGAUAUGAUACUCCAGGUGAACAUAUCAAAACACCGAAGGAAAAAAACUAAUUUGCCUCCCCGAACGCAAAGUCAUCGGACAUCAAGGCAUGCCGGUCCUCAACCGAUUCCCCCUCAGACUUUUGGAGAAAGAGACACAAGAACCUUUGCCCAAGUUAUCACAGGUAAUCGUAAUAAACAUUCACACACUCCUGAAAUUCCAAUAGAACUCGAAUCAAACACCCAAAUGAGCCUAUGGUUGGGCAAGAGUGUCCUUAUUGGGGAGGCAUGCUCCUUCGACCACAUCUCAAACCUACAUGCAUCGAUACUAGCGAGUGAAGGUACCAAAUACCUAUGGGGUCUCAACAUUGCCAUUAGAUUUGGAUGCUCAGUUGAUGCUAAAGAAUAUCUAGAAGACAGAAACAGGUGGAAAGAUUGGAUCAAGUGGCUAAUUGCUAAUAGAUUUGGAAAGGUUAUCAAUCCGUUCGAUAAUAUCAACAAUAGAAGAGAUUACUCAAUGGGGAAGGUGGACGUAUUAACUUCUAAGAGACGAUGGAUCAAUGAACAAAUCACCAUUAAACCCGAUGGAAGAACGUAUCAAAUUGGUGUUGUGGAAUAUACCGAUGAUUGGUCUCCAUUUAAGCUCGUUCCAUUUGACAAAUUAGAGGAAGAUUCUGAAGAUGAAAGUGACGAUGAUGAAGGGGUAUUGGACACAUGGAUGCAGGAAGAAGAUAACAAAGAAGAGGAAGGGGAAUUUCGGUCAGAAGACCAACCGGUAAUCAAUAAAACAGCUCCAAUUUUUACUGAUUCCAUCAUCAACCCAGAACCACCGAUGACGGAAGAAAACAACGGUGAAGAAGUCGGCGAGCCUCGGGUACCAAACUCCGUUGGUUCUAGUAUCAAAGCGAAUACAAACAUUAAUGAUCCUCGAAUGGAGGAAGUUGUGGCGGUUUAUGUUCCACAAAACUUUAUAAUCCCUCUACACAUGUGUGUGGACCUUGGGAAUAAAAUGGGGGAAUUUAAUUCGUUUGACACAUCCCAGGAACCGGUUCACAUAAAAACCAAAAAUGUUAUCCCUAAAUUUGGUGAUUCCCAAAAUGAAACAGUCCAAAAAUCCAACUCACAUUUGGAUUCUAACAGCGAUAGACCCAAGGUCAAGAAAAGGAAAAGGGAUAAACAUGGUGCAUGGUCUUUGUCCAUUACCUUCUUCACCGACUCUCUUGCUCCACAUCAACCAGUACAAUCAAUCAUCAACCCUAUACCUUCUCAUCUGGAUCGGAACGGAAAACCCAAUUAUGCAGCUAACGAAGUACAUCUCGAUGACUCUAAUUCGUGUAAACGACUACAGACGACUAAGAUUGGAGCUGAGAUUGGAUUCCAAAUCAGCUCAGAUAAUUUGAUAACUGCGAAUAUUGUUGGUGAAAUUGGUGUACAAGCUUGUGUCCAAUGA